UUCAGGUGUCAAAAAAGAUUUUAGUUCAAACGAAAUCGCAAAAAUAAUUUAAUUAAAUACAAUUUUAGUAACUCUAACGAAGUAUAGUGUUGAUUGCAGCAGGAGCUAAAUUAAAGGAAUUUACAAAAGAGCGGGCAAAAUGUCCGACGAUAUUAAAGAUGUGCUGGACAAAAACCUCGAAGAUAUUGAAAUCCAAGAAGUUCUGCGGAAAGGGACAGACCUCAGAGAAUAUGCUCUGCAAAUUGACAAGGGGAUCAAGGAAGCUGAGAAACACUCGGUAGCUGAUUACUUAAAGGAGAGCGAAAACAUUGCUUCACUCCACAACCAGAUCGAGGAAUGUGACGGCAUACUAGCCAGGAUGGAAAGUAUGCUAAUGGUGUUUCAGAAUGACUUGGGCAGUAUCAGUAAUGAAAUUAUAAGUCUUCAAAAGCGCUCUGUGAAUAUGUCUGUACAGUUAUCAAACAGACAAGUGUUAAAAGGGCCUCUUUCAUCUUUCAUUGAAGAUAUGGCUGUCUCAGAAACUGUGAUUUUUGGUAUCAACAAUGUCCCUGUGACUGACAAAGAAUUCAUGGUACAGCUGGCAAUAUUAAACCAAAAACUGAAUUUUGUUAAAGAACAAGAUUUCAAAGAAACAAAGGCCUGCCAGGAUGUCAAGGAUGUUUUAGAAAAAUUGAAAAUAAAAGCAGUGGCUAAAAUUAGAACAUACAUAUUGGAACAAAUCUAUAAGUUCCGUAAACCAAUGGCAAAUUACCAAAUACCACAGAAUGCUAUGCUUAAAUACAAAUUCUUCUUUGAAUUUGUACUAGCCAAUGAAAGAAAUGUGGCGCAAGAGAUAUGCAAUGAGUACAUUGACACACUAAGUAAAGUGUACUAUUCUUACUUCAAAUCUUACGCAUCUCGCCUGGAUAAAUUGAAAUAUGAAGAGGCACCAACAAAAGAUGAUUUGAUGGGAAUUGAAGAUGGUUCAAAAGGUGGAUUUUUCCAGAAGUCGAAUCUGAAAAAUAAAAGCACCAUAUUCACUAUUGGGAACCGUGGGGAUGUUCUGGCACAGCAGCUAGAAGCUCCAAUGAUAGUUCCUCAUGCUCAACAGAAAACAAAGUACCCAUAUGAAGCAUUAUUCAGAAGUCUGCAGUAUGCUCUUGUGGAUAACGGCUGCAGAGAAUACCUAUUCACCACAGAGUUCUUUCAUGUGAAGGGAAGUCAUGCUCAGGAAUUAUUUGAUAGAAUACUUGGAAAAACCUUGUCAUUACUUGUGAAAAAUGUAGAGAAUUAUGUAACUGAAUGUUAUGACUGCCUGGCAUUGUUCUUAUGCAUCCAACUUAUAAACAGAUAUAGAUGGAUGUGUCACAAGAGAGCAGUAGCUGCAUUAGACAGUUACUGGGAUUCCUUACAUAGCACUUUGUGGCCAAGAUUAGAAUAUGUCUUAAAGCUUAAUAUCCAGAGUGUCAGAGAAUGUGAUCCAGCUAAACUGUCCAACAAAGAACUGGGCCCACAUUAUAUCACCAGAAGGUAUGCAGAGUUUUCUGCUGCAAUGUUAAGUUUGAGUGAACAGUUCCCAUCCGAGGAACUCAGCAAUCUCCUGCUGAUCCUGCAAGAUGAAGUUCACUGCUUCCUACUGAAGAUGGCAGCCGAGUUCCCCCAGAGAAUUCAGCAACUUAUAUUUUUAAUAAACAACUAUGAUAUGGUUCUAAGUAUACUUAUGGAAAGAACAAGAGACAACACUAAAGAAGCUGAGAGUUUUAGGGAGCAAUUACAAGCAAGAAGUAAUGAAUAUGUUGAGGAAAUAUUAAGCCCACAUUUUGGUGGGUUAAUGCAAUUUGUUAAAGAAGGAGAACAUUUAUUAGAAGGGGAUAAGACACAAUUGGCCAAUUUGGAAAAAAAAUCUCUUUCUUUAGUAGCAUCUUUUAGUGCUGGUUGGAAACAAAGCCUAGAAGAAAUACAUAGAGAAGUACUUGUUUCAUUCCCGAACCUAGUUACUGGAUCAGGUUUGCUACAAAUGGCUCUGACAAACUUUGUUCAGUAUUAUCAUAAGUUUGUAAAAUUACUAACUCCCAAUGCCAGGACACAGUUAGUCAAUAUUCAUGUAAUUAUGGUUGAAAUUAAAAAGUACAAAACGAAUUUUUAAUAUUGAAGGAUAAUGUAUGUCUUGAUGUGAGUCUUUUAGAAGUUAUUUUGUAUAGAUUUUAAUUUGGUAUAUUGUGUUAGAUAAAAAUAAUGUAUUAUUGAAAUUUCCUUUAUUUGACUUACAAAGACAAACUUCAUAUAUCAAGUAUAUUUAAAUGUAAGCUAUUUAAAUUAAUAAUAUAACAUAACCUACAGAA